AUGGACCCGGGCGGACGGCCGGCAGGAGGCUCCGAACUCAUGCCCAUCCCUCCCGCAAUCAAGAUCAGAUCGCUGCCCGCGGACGAGGACCUGGGAUCGGACUACGGCGUGUCGCCCUCCACGCCGCUACUGUCCACGGCCAUCGACGAGAACGGAUGGGUGUGCGGCAGCAACGCGGUGGGUCAGCUGGGCGUGGGCGGGCAGGAGAACGUGUGGGAACUGCAGCCGGUCCAGGGGGUCCGGCGCUGGGCGGCAAUCAGUUUUGGGGACUACCACUCAGCGGGCAUUAGCUGCGAUGGCGAGCUGUACACCUGGGGACUGUCAAGUAAGGGCCAGCUGGGCCACCGGGACGAGGAGGCCAGGGAGCUUCCAGAGAAAGUGUCUGACCUGGAAGGCACAGAGAUAAGGAAUGUGACGUGUGGGUCGGAGCACACCGUUGCAGUGUCAUCCCAGGAGGUGUAUUCGUGGGGCUCCAACGAGCAUGGGCAGCUGGGACAGGGGGACCUGGCGCCUGACUGCGUGCGAAAGCCACGGGUGGUGAAGGCGCUGCAUGGCAAGAUGGUCAUGCAGGUGGUGUGCGGGAAAUUUCACACCCUGGCGGUGACGGCACAGUCUCACGUUUACGGCUGGGGCCAGAACAGCCAGGGCCAGCUGGGCCUUGGGGACCGCGUGGAGCGCCACACCCCUACCCACGUUGACGCCCUCUGGGCCCUGCCUGUGAAGCAGCUGGCCGCCGGGGACUGGCACAGCAUGGCGCUCACCAACUCGGGCUUCCUCUUCACGUGGGGGUGCAAUCAGCAGGGCCAAUUGGGCCUGCCGCCCGACGCCGAGCACGCUGCACUGCAGUCGCAGAGCCGCACGCGGGAGGGCCGCAGGCGGAUGCAGAAGCGGGUCAACCAGAAGUUCCUGACCGCGAUGCUGGAGAUGGGGAUCCAGAAGGAGAAGGCAGAGCUGGCGCUGGCGGAAACAAAGAACGUGGGAGUGGAGAUGGCGGCCGAGUGGCUGUACUCGGCGCCGGAGGGCGUGAUCGAGCGCCACCUGGAGGAGGAGAGGCACGGGUCCUCCAUGGAGGAGAGGAACCCGGAUGUGACCGAUGACAAGUGCGUCAUGGUGCCCAAGAGGGUCCCUCUUAAGUGUGUGAGGUGCAUCGGCGCUGGCGGCAACCACACCAUCGCAGUCACCUCGCAGGCCGUGUUCAGCUGGGGCGCCGGCGAGCACGGGGAGCUCGGCAUUGGUGCCUUCUGCAACAAGGAACUGCCCCUCAAGGUUGUUGCCCUGGAUGGGCGGGAGGUCGAGAUGGUGGCCUGCGGCUCCCAGCACACCCUCUUCCUGUCCCAGGAUGGCAGCGUCUUUGGCUGUGGCUCGAAUGACUUUGGCCAGCUGGGGUACUCGGGGAACAAUGGCACGGACGUGGCGUACGUGUCGCUGCCCGCCAAGCUCAAGCUGCCCUUCAACAAGGGGCAGCAGCAGCGGCGGGGCAGCCGGAGGAAGGAGCCCUUGGUGGGGACCAUCAGCGCAGGGGGCCACGCGAGCGGGUUUCUGACACAGGUGCACGAGGACAUGCCGGGCGUUCCAUCCGUGGACCUGUGGGCCAGGAUCCAGGACAACAUCGAGGCCGUGCGUUUGGGAAACCGGGAUGACACGCACGAGUGCACCUCCAACAUGAGAGCUCUUGUGAGCUCUAUAGAGAUGGUGUUCGGAUCGGCGGCUGCCUUGAGCGCUACCUUUGGCUACAAGGACCGUGUGGGCCUGGAUGUGUACAUGCUGCGCGAUGUUCAGAACAAGAUUCUGGCGCUCUGUGACAAGAAGCAUGUGAGUGAUCCGAGCCAAGGUCAGCUGAAGUCCAUAGCAGAUCUUUGCAGUGUGAGCAUUGUCCAGGCGAUGUCGAAGGCUGCCACACAGCUCAUCGAGGACCUGUACGUACACGUGAAGCUGCUUGGCACACCAGAGCGAACGCAAGUCCUGUUGGCUGCGGCACAACACCCCCUGCUUGUGGAACAGCCCUUUGCUAAGUCGCUGCUGCCAAGGCUGUGCUCCACAAUACUGAACUCCCCUUCAGCAGCACGGCAUCUGCUGGUGAAGUGGUGGGGCGAGUACCCAGGUGAGCUUCUCGAGGAAGCUGUCGUGAAGCCCCUGCAGUGCUACGUCACCAAGGAGCUCAUGGCCACGAAGAAGCUGACGGUCAGCGUCAUGAACGCCAUCAAAGUCCUGUCCAAGGUCGAGGAGUCCAAUGACAUUGGAAGGAAACUCCCACCUGAGGCCUUCUAUAACCAGCUGAUAAGUGAGAAGAUGGACGUUCUGGACCACUACAUCGCUUGGCGCCAGAGUCACGACCAUCCCCAGCGCCGUCCUGGCCAGGACGGCCCCUUCUCCUUCUGCAGCUACCCAUUCCUGCUGGAUGCACGGGCGAAGAGCAAGCUGCUGCACAUGGAGGCAAAGCUCCAGAUGGAACAGACGAUCGCCCAGUCCCGCAUGGAGUCCGUGUACGGCCCCUUCAACCGCAAGAACCGCAAGGAGCCCGACGACGGGCGCAUCCUGCCCGACCGCAAGGUCGCCCUGAAGCGGGAUGAGGCCGAAUCUAGCCGCCGCAGGAAGGCAGGCGCGGGGGAGGCCGGGAAGAAGGCGCGCAACCGGGAGGGCCCCGGGAUCCGGUCCCUGUUCGUGAACAUGCUGACGAGGGCACACCAUGAUGGGGGCCGGGAGGCAGGGGAGGCGGACGAGGUGGAGCCCAGGUUGAUCGGGAGGGAGGGGACUUCAGACGGGAGCCUCAGGCGGGCGGGCUCGUUGCAGCUUCCCCGCCCCGAGAACAGCGGCAUCCCUGCCACCCACUCUGACAUGUGCAUCCUGCGCAUUCGCCGCAACCACCUCACAGAGGACGCCUUGGACGAGAUCGCGCGGCAGCAUCGAAAGGACCUCUUCAAGCCCCUGCGUGUACACUUCAUAGGCGAGGAGGGCAUAGAUGCUGGGGGCGUGAAGAAGGAGUUCUUCCAGAUCCUGGUGGAGAAGCUGCUGUCGGUGGACUAUGGGAUGCUGGCCUACCAGCCAGAGUCCAGGACCUACUGGUUCAACCCAGUGUCCCUGGAGCAUGAAGACGAGUUCUUGCUAAUCGGCCUUGUGGUGGGCCUGGCCGUGUACAACGGCGUCUUGCUGGAUUUCCCACUGCCCAUGGCCCUGUACAAGAAACUGAUCGGCAUGGACGUGGGCCUAAGGGAACUAGAGGAGAUGCAGCCUACUGUGGGCAAGUCGUUGAGGCAGCUGCUUCAGUAUGAGGGCCCGGGCAGUGUUGCGGAUGUGUUCUACCAGUCGUUUAGCAUCGACGUCAACAUGUUUGGGGACGUCAAGACCAUUCCCUUGAGGCCCGAUGGUGAGGAUGAGCUGGUGACUGAGGAGAAUCGGCGGGAGUACAUCGACUUGUAUGUGGACUACGUGCUGAACAGGGCCGCCUGCAACCACUUUGAGGCUUUCUCAAAGGGCUUCAGGACGAUCUGUGGGGGACCUGCCAUUCACCUCUUCAAUGCAGCGGAGCUGGAGCGACUAGUGUGUGGAAAUCCGUUCCUCGAUUUCGAUGCGCUCGAAAAGAAUGCGAGAUACGAGGGUGGCUUCAAGGUUGACUCGCCGGCCGUUCGAUGGCUGUGGGAGCUGGCCAACGACUUCUCCAAGGACGAGAAGAAGCUCUUCCUCAAAUUCUUCACGGGCAGCGACCGCGCACCCAUCGGCGGCCUGGGCAACCUCAAGUGCAUCAUCCAGCGGGACGGCACGGACAGCCGCAAGCUCCCAACCUCGCACACCUGCUUCAACACACUGCUGCUGCCCGACUAUGGCUCCAAGUCCCUGAUGCGGGACAGGCUCAGGCUGGCCAUCAUGAACGCCGAGGGCUUUGGGCUGGAGUGA